CUCAUGGAAAUCUCCGAGCUCAAAGGAAUCAGUAGAGUGAUUCAUAGGCAGGAGUUGCUGCUCUUGCGACGAGGACGACCUCACAGUGGCUUCAAGAACAAAAGAAGUCACUGGUUAGAAUCCGAGUCGACACGGGAUGAAGCAGCCUUGCAGUAGAUCAAUGUCUUCAAUACCUUUACCACACCUUGCAUGGCUUGAAGACGGUCUCCCUCUGCUGCACUCCUCGUGCGCUGGUAGUCCUCGCAGCAAUGAUGUUAUCGCUGGCACAACACCAUCUUUUAAAGCGGAGAUGGAGAAGCACAACACAACUCGUCCGAACAUCGCGGAAACCAAGUGUCUAUCAAAAAGCUCUCAUCGAGGAGGAGUGUGCCGAG